GGCUAAAGGCUUUGCACUACUUUGUUAUUCACAUGUGCUGUAGUCCUGCCCAAGACCUGUAAACACACUUUAAUGUGUAAGUUACCCUUUAAAUGGAGCAAUUUAUUUGUUUUAGUAUUAGUGUUCAUAUACAAAAUCAAACAUUACACAAUCAAAAGCACAUAUAACAAAUCAAAACACUACAGGUUGGUAUGAAGGCAUAUGUUUCCACUUGAGGACCAGGGACUACUGACACUACACCCACAUCUACCGCUCUUUAUGUAUCUAUGGACCCAGUUGUCUCUAAGUUUCCGUAAAGUGCGGUGGACUCGACAGACUAUAUAUAGCAGCUUAAUUAAACUCCUGGAUAAACAGCACUCCUAUGCUGAAAUUAUACCUUGUUUUGUCCUUUAUCAGUUUCUCACAGUCAGAGAAAACACAAUUUUAGUUUGAAAUAUGCACAAUGCGAGCACAACACUAAAUAAACUAUUAAAGCUUUUAAAAUUGGAAUUUGACGCUCUUCUACAAGACAUGGACACAAUAUAAGCUUAUAAUGCUGGAACCACCUUCACCGAUGUUGCUGGUAUUAGUAGAUCAUAGACCAGCAAUCACUUAACUGUAUUACAUUAAUUAAGGUCAUGGUGUUUAUUUUUUGUCAGAGUUAGCAGUGAAUUAUAUGAAUAGCAUAAAGACUAUAGUUUAUGGCGUCCAAGUACUGGAUUGCAUUUUAUUUAAGAGCGAUUCAAAUUAAGGCCCUUUUUUAAGACAGCCAGUUUGUCAUGUGAUUGCAGGAAAAGCACAGGUGUGAUUGAUCAAAUUAACGAUAGCUGCAUUUUAUUUAGAUGGAAUAGUUCAGAUGGCUGAUCUUACGUCCAGGUAAUGUGCAUGCCUGCUUAUGAGGACCCCUAAAUGGAAAGGAGUCAUGGUUAACAACAUUUUUUCCACUUGCGCUCCUUCUGCGAUGACUUCCUCAUGGGCUCCAGCACGAAACCUUCUGGAGGUCAGUAAAAACAGGGCUGAUGGAACAGAAGUGAAGAAUAAGCAGGGUACAGAAGCAGCUGCAGAUAUGCAUUCAGGGAAAAAUGGAGAAACGAACCAUGGAAAGACAGGAGACAACAAUGGAGACAGUAAGGAAGAUGCUGUCACUGAGGAAGAGACAGAGGGCACCAAUGGGAAAAAGUCACAGGGAGAGGGCACCACUGAGGUAAAGAAAGGGGGAGAGAGCACUGCUGAGGCAAAGAAAGAGGGAGAAGACGCCACUGAGGCAAAGAAAGAGGGAGAGGGUGCAACUGAGGCAAAGAAAGAGGGAGAAGGCGCCACUGAGGCAAAGAAAGGGGGAGAAGGCGCCACUGAGGCAAAGAAAGAGGGAGAAGGCGCCACUGAGGCAAAGAAAGGGGGAGAAGGCGCCACUGAGGAAAAGGGAGCGUUGGAUAAAGCCAUAAGGAAAGAAACAAAGACAAAUCAGGUUAGCCCCUAUGAUAUAAGUGAUGAGGCAGAGAGCAGUCAUUUCUUCGCCUACCUGGUCUCUGCAGCUGUGCUGGUGGCCGUGCUUUACAUCACCUACCACAACAAACGCAAGAUAAUUGCCUUUGUUUUGGAAGGAAAGAAAUCCAGGGCUGCACGCCGCCCUAAAUCAACUGACUACCAGAAGCUGGAACAGCAGAUGUAAUCUCAAGUUUUCUUGAAGCUGUUGCCUUGAACAGUUGAAUACACUGGUGGCUGUGUGAGAAGAAGUCGAAUGGAUGCUGCCAUCAGAUAUUUUCCCGGUGGACUCAUUGAUUUCACCUCGCGUUAAAUGGACAUUCUUUUAUUCUGUACUUUUUAGAUGCUUAUUGUGUGACUAUGCAGAUGACACUGUUGCCUUACUGAAGGAAUUAGUGAAAUGAAGUGAAGGUAAAAGUAAGCAUGCUGUUUUUGCACUCGCGUCGUUAUUCCACUUUUAAAAGCAAUUUUGUACCUUAAGAAGGUUCUGACUCAGGAUAUUUCAGUAGCAGAAGAUAACAUGAGCUUUUUGGAUUCCAGACUUGUUUGUACGGUGCAUUAGUGAUUGCACUGCAUACCUAAUUAAGCCAUCUGAAUCUUUGUAAAAUACUGGCUGUGUACAAUUUCUUUGAGCUUAUUUUAAAUGUCUAUGAGAUAUAAUGUAUGACGAGUCCAUUUAGAUGUACAAAAUGAUCACAAUGGGAUGAUGAAUGUAAUGGCAACCAUUGUUUUCCAAAUGAUAUGCUUGCACAGUGCUCACCCACUUUAAAAUUGUUAAAGGCAGAGACUUUGAAGGAGACACAUUAUGCUGAUGUUCAGGUUCAUAAUUAGAUUUUUCAUAAUUUUGUAGGUUUACAUGCCUUAGUGCUGAACAAAGCAGUGCCCCAGCACUGCAUCCCCCCUGUCUGAAACACUCUGUUUACCUCCUGUCUCUUUAAGACUGAAUACCCAGUCUCCUCUGAUUGGUCAGCUCAAACAUGACUGGACCAGCACCGCUUACCACAACAGAGCGGCUGUGUUAAAUCUAUUUUUAAAUGCCAAACUAAGCAUGCAUUGUGCAAAUGUGUGACAUGGUGAUGUCAUGUGAUGUCACAAAGUCAUGCUAUUAAGGGCGCGGAUACUGACAAGGCAUUUCAGGAGCAGUAUUUUCUGUGGGAGAGAGGGGCUUCUGUUGAUUUUGAAUUUGCCCUUUUGAACUUUAAAGAUCUUUUACAUGCAUGAGAACACUGAUGGAGAUAACAGAAAAGUGUAAUAGGUCUCCUUUAACAGUUUGUUCUUAAAGCAAUCUUUUAAAAUUUUGAAAAAUAUGAUUAUUUGCCCUUUUCUUGCUGAGAGUUAGAUGAGAAGAUCAGUAUCACCCUCAUAUCUUUCUGGUAAAUAGAACACUAAGGCUAAAGCUUCUGGUUAGCCUAGGCAAGCGUAAGGACUGGAAAUGGAGAACCCAAAACAUGAGGGGGGGGGGCUGAUGUCUUUAUCCAAAUCUCAGCAAAAAAGGGAACAAACAUAUUUCCCAAAAUGUUGAACUGGUCAUUUGACAUACAACUUAUGAACUGUUGCUGUCAGGGUGGUGGGUACAGAAGUUCCAUUUCCGUUUUCGUCAAUGCAAAGAAAACUGUGUAACAUGAAUGGCAUUGUUAAAAUGUUGGAUCUCUUAAGUUUGUAUACUGUAUGGCUGCCCGACACCUUCGUGGUUCCUCUUUUGGUUGAAUAUUAAUAACUUGUGCCACUUGUUACUUUGCAUUCAGAAGUAAAUUUUUGUUUUAACUA